UCUCGUCCUCUCUCCGACGUCUCCGUUUUCUCUCUCUCUCUCUCUCUCUCUCUCUCUCUCUCUCUCUCAUGCUAUUUAUAACCACCGCCUCCCCUCUUUCUCGCUAGCUAAAACCGAAAGGGGUUCCCUUUUUUUUCGGUCGAUCUUGAGAUAGGGUUUGUUGUAUCGAUUGAUGGCGGCGUCGAUGUCGAAUAGGGGUAAGGACAUGGAUCGGAUCAAGGGACCGUGGAGCCCGGAGGAGGACGAGGCGCUCCACAAGCUGGUCCAGAAACACGGGGCGAGGAACUGGUCUUUGAUCAGCAAGUCGAUCCCGGGGAGGUCUGGGAAGUCGUGCCGGCUUCGGUGGUGCAACCAGCUCUCGCCUCAGGUGGAGCACCGGCCCUUUACGCCGGAGGAGGACGAUACCAUCAUCCGGGCCCACCGCCGCUUUGGGAACAAGUGGGCCACCAUCGCCCGCCUCCUCUCCGGCCGGACCGACAACGCCAUCAAGAACCACUGGAACUCCACCCUCAAGCGCAAGUACUCCUCUGCCACCGUCGCCCCCGCAGUCGACGACGUCGGCCUGCCCCAUCAGCAAUACGACGCCGCCCUGGCGGCAGCGGACGACGCGGCCGCGCGGCCGCUGAAGCGCUCCAGCAGCGUCGGGCCGGUCCUCUCCUCCGGCGGCGGGCUCUGCUUGAGCCCCGGCAGCCCCUCCGGAUCCGACCUCAGCGACUCCAGCCGCCACAGCCACACGACGUUCUCCUCCGUCCCCACCGCCGCCGCCGCCCACGCAUCGGCGUCGCUCAUCUACCGCCCGGUGCCGAGAACCGGCGGCAUCGUCCCCCCGACGUCAUCUCCUCACCACCACGAAGCAACCGUCGUUGCCUUUUCCGCCAUCAAUACCAAGAAUGACGAUCCGGUCACGUCCCUCUCUCUGUCCCUCCCCGGAUCGGAUAAGCCCGAGGCAUCUGAUCACCACCAAACAAACCAGAACCAGCUCCAGCUCCUGGCUGCACCACCACCUCCGGGACCGGCGAUGCCGCUGCAUCCGCCGCCCCCGAUGGCGCCCCCCUCCGCCACCGAUGAGCGGAGGCGUCCGCUGGAGGAGGAGAGGCGGCCGGCGUUCCCCUUCAGCGCCGAGUUCCUGGCGGUGAUGCAAGAGAUGAUCCGCAACGAGGUGAGGAGCUACAUGUCAGGACUGGAGCAGAGCGGUAUGAUGUGCAUGCAACCGCCGCAGGAAAGCAUCCACGACGCCGUCAUCAAGCGGAUCGGAAUCACCAAGAUCGAGUAGUAGAUUAGCUCCAGAUGGAUCGAAGGAUCAAAGGAAUUAAGAUGGAACAGUCUUCGAUGAAGAAAAAAGAAGGCUUCUUUGGCUGUUUAGCUCCGUUAGCUUAUUUUUCUUUCCCUUUUGUUUAAUUAAAAUCCCCCCUCCCCCUCCCUCCCUCUCUCUCUCCUCCUCUCCUUUGGUACUUGGUAGCCAGUUCUAUACAAAAUAAGGUGGAUGAAGGGUUUUUUUUUUUGUACAGAAAAGAGAUCAAGCUGGGGUAAAUCUGUUGAAGAGGUUUAGAAAUUGAUGAAGAGAAAACAAGAAAAAAAAAAAGAGGCGGUUUUUAUUUUGUCCAAUUCCUUUUCUUUUACUUUAGUCCCAUAGCUUGGAUGAGUAGAAAGAUCUCCUUUUGCUC